CCCGGAUAACCCUAUCUAGUGUAGUGUAAUGGGUUGGGAAGCGUGCGGACCAAACGAAGUCCUCGUCGUUUCCGGUUGCGGGCACGGCGAUAGGCCGGUUUACGUCGCUGGCGGUCGACUGUACGUUUGGCCUUUCCAGACGUUUCAGAGACUUUCUUUGAACAUUAUGACAUUGAAUGUUCAGAGUCCGAAGGUUUUUACCAACCAGGGCGUUGCCAUUUUGGUUACAGGAGUCGCUCAGGUGAAGGUUGAUUCGUCACAUGAUCACAUGUUGAGGACGGCAUGUCAGCAAUUUCUAGGGAAGACGGACCAGGAGAUACAGAAUGUUGCGUUGGAAACGUUGGAAGGUCAUCAGAGAGCAAUAAUGGGAACUAUGUCAGUCGAGGAGAUUUAUCAAGAUCGACAGAAGUUUUCGGAUAAAGUCUACGAAGUGGCAAAGUCUGACUUGGUCAACAUGGGCAUUACCAUUGUCAGCUACACAUUAAAGGACAUCAAUGAUGAUCAUGGUUAUCUCCAUGCACUCGGUAUGCCUCGAACCGCUGAAGUGAAACGCGAUGCCACAAUCGGCGAAGCAGCGGCCAAUCGAGACGCCGGAAUCAAAGCCGCACAGGCCGAACAACAACGAAUGGCCAGCAAGUUUGCAAACGACAUCCAAAUGGCAAAGUCUCAGAGGGACUAUGAGUUGAUAAAAGCAGCUCACGACACCGAAAUUAACUCAAAGAGAGCUCAAUCAGAGUUGGCAUAUCGACUGGAAGCAGCCAAGACGAAGCAGAAGAUCAAAGAAGAAGAAAUGCAGAUCAAAGUUAUUGAACGGAAGCAGCAGAUUGCAGUACAAGAGCAAGAAAUUCAGCGACGUGAGAAAGAACUCGAAGCGCAGAUAAGACGUCCAGCGAUGGCGGAGAAGUAUCGUCUUGAGACGAUAGCAGCUGCAAACAGGCAGAAGGUGGUAUUGGAGGCAGAAGCUGCUGCGGAAGCGAUUCGACUGAAAGGCGAGGCAGAGGCUUACGCCAUCGAAGCAAAGGCCAAAGCUGAAGCCGAGCAAAUGGCAAAGAAAGCCGAAGCUUGGCAAGAUUAUCAAUCAGCCGCCAUGGUAGACAUGGUCUUAGAGACGUUACCAAAGGUGGCUGCAGAGGUUGCCGCUCCUUUAUCACAGACAAAGAAAAUUGUAAUGAUUGCUGGUGAUAAGGGUGAGCUGGGUGCCAGUAAAAUAACCAGCGAAGUGUUGGAUAUCAUCUCCAAGUUGCCGAAGGCAGUAGAAGAUCUCACGGGUGUUGAUAUAUCUGCGGCGAUGAAAAUGGCAACACAUACCGGGAAACGAUGAGUGACGACUGAAAGUUGUUUGGACACUGUGCGAACGUGAAUGCUGACUAGACGAAUGUGACACGCCACAUGUAUGCUUACAUGUUACUAUCACUUCACUAUGUUGUCAAGUAAGCUUUUGUAUUGCAUCAAUCGUAUUUCGAACUUCGA